CUUAAAUGGGAAAGGCACGUUAAAUUUCUAAAUUUUAUACGACGGAUAACAAUAUGCGCACGCGCGGUAUGUGCAUACAUACCAAUUUCCGGUUAAAAUACAUUUCCCCUUCUUUCUAAACACCCAAGAUGGUGAACGUUCCGAAACAGAGACGCACUUUUUGCAAGAAAUGCAAAGUACACAAGCCUCACAAAGUGACACAGUAUAAAAAAAGUAAGGAACGACAUGCAUCUCAAGGUAGAAGACGUUACGACCGUAAACAACAAGGAUUUGGUGGCCAGACCAAACCUAUAUUCAGAAAGAAGGCAAAAACUACAAAGAAAAUUGUCUUAAGAAUGGAAUGUACAGAAUGCAAGUAUAGGAAACAAAUUCCUCUUAAAAGAUGUAAACAUUUUGAAUUAGGAGGUGACAAGAAAAGAAAAGGACAAAUGAUCCAGUUCUAGGGUCAAGUUAUCUACAUUGACCUUCUGUAUGUAUUUAAUAAGAAAUGAAAUAAAUCUUUUGGAAUUUG